AUGUCGGACGAUGCAGGAUUCUUCAAGAAGACGUCCGAGGCCGUCGCCAACGCGGGCGCCUCUGUUGCCGGCGCCGUGUCCGGGUCUUUGUCACUAGGCGCCAAUGCAAGCCACAAGAAGACAACCACGACCAAAACAAAGACGUCGCUCCCAGCAGCACAAGACCAACAGUACUACAUCGCGAAUGGAGGAGCAGCGGGACAGCCUCCCCAGGGACGCAUCACGGACGGUGGACUGGGCGAGCAGAAGAGGAUCACGUCCAAGGAGACUGAUGCUUUGUACAAGGAGCGCAUGGAGGACGAGUAUGCGAAGAGGGAGGGCGGUGCUUGA